CUUUAAACCCAAAAGCUCCCUGCAUGAAAGAUGGCACAUGCUCAAAACGCUAUCCCCGUGAAUUUAACUCUACUACCAUCAUGGAUGAUAAUGCAUAUCCUACUUAUAGAAGACGAAAUGAUGGAUGCACAACCAUGGUAAAAGGAUUACGUUUAGAUAAUCGAUGGGUUGUCCCUCAUAACCUUUACCUCUGCAGCAAGUAUAAUGCUCACAUUAAUGUUGAGAUAUGCUCUUCUAUUGCUGCAGUUAAAUACAUAUACAAAUAUGUCUACAAGGGCCAUGAUCAUGCAGUUGUGGAAAUGACUUCUUCAGGGAGUCCUGGUUCAAUCAACAUCCAACUCCAAGAUGAGAUUCGUCUCUAUAUAGAUGCAUGUUAUAUAUCUGCUUCUGAGGCAACAUGGCGAAUCUUUCACUUUUGUUUGCAUGAAGAAAAACCUGAUGUCCAACAACUUCAAGUACACCUUCCAGGCCAACAUAAUGUAAUCUUUUCUGAAGAUCAACCCUUAGAGGUGAUUAUACAGCGCCAAGAACUCACCUACUUAGACUUUCCCAAAAAAUGGGUGUGGAAAAAGCAAUCAAAAAAGUGGAAACCUCAAGAACGUGGAAACACUAUUGGUCGUCUAUAUUUUAUCCAUCCAGGUGCUGGAGAAUGCUAUUACCUACGAAUGCUUCUUACAGCAGUACAUGCCUUGGGUCUAUUGCAAGAUGAUAAAGAAUGGGACGAAUGUCUCCAGGAAGCUACAUUAAUGCAAUCAAGUGCAUGCUUACGUGACCUUUUUGCAACCAUUUUACUCUUCUGUCAUCCCACAAAUCCUGCACAUCUUUGGAAAAAACAUCUCAAUUCCCUAACAGAUGACCUAAGAACUUCAAAAAUGUCUACUGAAAUGCUCAACAAUAAUGCCCUCCAUCACUUACAAUCCAUUCUCUCACAACACAACAAAUCUCUUACUGAUUUUCCUCCGAUGCCCCUUCCCACUGCCAAAAGCACCAUGGUCCACACAAGUCGGUGUAUACAAGAAGAACUUACCUACAAUGUAGAAUUGUUGCAUGACCAAGUGGCUACUGCCAUUCAUCAACUCAACGCAGACCAACACACCAUCUACAAAACUAUUGUUGAUGCUAUUGAUCAUUCACGUCCAGCAACAUUCUUUGUUGAUGGUCCCGGUGGUACAGGAAAAACAUUUCUAUACAAUACACUCCUUGCCACUGUACGUUCCAAAGGUCAAAUAGCCCUUGCUGUUGCAUCAUCAGGUGUAGCUGCACUUUUACUUAGUGGUGGUCGUACUGCUCAUUCUCGCUUCAAGAUUCCCAUCAAUCUUAAUGAAACCUCCACCUGCAAUAUCUCCCACCACAGUGACCUAGCAACUCUUAUAAAAGACACACAUCUGAUCAUUUGGGAUGAAGCUCCAAUGACUCACAGACAUGCAAUUGAAGCACUUGAUCAAACAAUCCGUGAUAUCAUGAAAACUGUAAAUCCUGAAUUAAAAAAUCAACCUUUUGGAGGAAAAAUAUUGGUAUUUGGAGGUGAUUUCCGCCAAGUUCUUCCAGUCGUACCUAAAGCAAACCGUGAAAAAAUCAUUGCUGCAUCCCUCUGUAAUUCCCCACUUUGGCAACAUGUACAGCUCAUGCACCUUCGAAUAAAUAUGCGUCUGCGUCAGAAUGCUAAAGCAACAGAUGCUAACAUCCAACAGGAAUUUGCUGACUGGCUAUUACAAGUAGGCGAAGGGAGAAUACCUUUCAUUGAAGCUGAAACAAAUAUUAUUGAACUCCCUGAUGAUAUAGUGCUCCCUUCCACUUCUAUUCAGGAUCUCAUUGAUUUUGUUUAUCCCAAAUUAAGCACUCAUUUCCUGGACACUAAAUAUAUUGUAAACCGCAGCAUCCUCGCAGCCAAAAACUCUGAUGUGGACAUGAUCAAUGAAAUUAUUUUACACACUUUCUCAAACAAUGAGAUGGUAGAGUUUCUCAGUGCUGACUCCCUUGCUCAUCAAGACAAUGACCAAAGCCACCUUUACCCUAUUGAAUUUCUUAAUUCUGUAAAUAUCAAUGGUCUUCCUCCCCAUAACUUACAACUCAAAGUAGGAGCACCAAUAAUGCUUCUCCGAAACCUCAACCCUGCUAAAGGACUUUGCAAUGGCACUCAACUCAUUUGCCAUGGAUUUAAUAAGCAUGUCAUCAAUGCAGAGAUCAUCACUGGAACACAUAUAGGAAUACGAGUAUUCAUUCCUCGCAUCACCUUCACUCCAACUACAGUAGACUUACCCUUCGUGCUCCAAUGUCAACAAUUUCCUGUACGUCUUGCCUUUGCCAUGUCCAUAAACAAAUCUCAAGGACAAAGCCUCUCAUGUGUAGGACUGUACUUGGCCAACCCUGUCUUUUCUCAUGGCCAGCUCUAUGUGGCUCUUUCUAGAGUGACAUCCAAGCAAAAUCUUCAAAUCAUCACGGCUAAUGGAAAAUAUACUCAAAAUGUAGUUUAUCAUGAA